AUGUAUAUAUGUGAGUGGUGGGGGCAGAGGAGGGACAUUAUGGCGCUCCCCGGCCCCCACCACCGCUUCCUCAGCCGCCUUCGCAAGCUGACCGAGUCCAACAUUCCGCCGCUCCCUACGCGCCAGAUGACCGCCGAGUUUCGCCGCCAGACCAAGGCCCAGCUCGCCGCGCUCAAAAAGGUACUCAAGCCGGAUACCAUCGGCAGACCAGAGGGCGCACGGCGUGUCAGCGGCGCCCGACGCGCCAAGGCUCCCGCUCCUGAUCACGACGACGCAGACAGUCGCGCGCGCGACGCAGUGAGCUCGACGUAG